AUGGAGACAAAAAGUGACAAUUUUACAGAUGGAGAGCACCUGGAAGCAAAGGAAUACUGUAGUUCCAGAUCAGGAGAUGCUGUAGAAGAAGAUAAUAAUGAAGAAGAAACAGAAGUCAUCAAGAGGCAAAUAUCUUCCCACUCUUUGUAUGAUCUUUUGGUUGACACUCACUUUGACUGUUUGAAGGUUUGUUCGGGUAUCAGUGAGAUUGACAAAAUUGAAAGAGCUGAAACAAAGGCAAAAUAUAAGAAGCGUAGUUCACACACAAUGGAUCAAUCAAAAUUGAACAAUAACUUUGCUGUUGAUGAGAAGCUCAGCUCACUCACAAUUCAUCAACCAGAACUGGACACUUUUAUGGAAGCAUAUUGUGUGGCUCUAAGCAAGCUAAAAGAAGCAAUAGAGGAACCUCACAUAGAGUCCAUAAAGUUCAUCAACCAUAUGUAUUCUCAACUCAGCGACCUCAUGGAAGUUCCUUCUGUUUCCACUUUAUCUCCAACGGCAUCUUUUGAAGGGAUGAAGACCCAUGGGAACACAUGAAAUGGCACGAGGAAGCUGAUAGAUCCAAGAAUUUAUAUAUUAAGCUCACAAUUUAGCAUCUUCUAAUUACUAAGUUAUGAUAUCUAUCCUGUGCGAUGCAUGGUAGAAUUUUCUUUGCUAUAGACUGCCGCAAAUCGUCGUAGUAAACUUUCUUUUUUGAUGUAAUAUGAAGUUAAUAAUGAUGAUUGCCAA